ACUUCUCCUUUAGGGAGAAACAGAAACACUUCCUCAAGCUCUUUCUUUUUCGUCUCUCUUCCUUUUACAAACUCUCCCCUAUUUACCAAUUUCUGGCUUUUUUCCAUAAAAAAUGGAGAAGAUGAGAUGUUGUGGUAACUUGCUUGAGAGCUCCAAGCCUUAUUUUGCAAUGAUUUCAUUGCAAUUUGGGUAUGCAGGCAUGAACAUCAUCACCAAGGUUUCACUUAACAGAGGCAUGAGCCACUAUGUCUUGGUUGUUUACCGUCAUGCCUUUGCAACUGCUGUCAUAGCUCCCUUUGCUUUGAUUUUCGAAAGGAGAGGGCAACCAAAGAUAACAUUCUCAGUGUUUAUGCAAAUAUUUAUCUUGGCUCUUUUGGGGCCUGUGAUUGACCAGAAUUUCUACUAUGCUGGGCUGAAAUAUACUUCUCCAACUUUCUCUUGUGCUUUGAGCAAUGUGCUUCCUGCAAUGACGUUUAUCAUGGCUGUCAUCUUCCGGAUGGAGAAGAUAGAUGUAAAGAAAGUGAGAUGCCAAGCAAAGAUAUUAGGGACGAUGGUGACAGUAGCUGGGGCAAUGCUUAUGACAUUGUACAAAGGACCCAUUAUUGAUCUGUUUUGGAGUAAGAAAUAUAUCCACACUAACCAAUCUUAUGCUCCUCAUACUACUGAAACUACUGACAAAGAUUGGUUCAAAGGCUCCAUUCUCCUUCUCCUUGCCACCUUUGCUUGGGCUUCCCUCUUUGUUUUGCAGGCUAAAGCAUUGAAGACAUACAAGGAUCAUCAACUUUCAUUAACAUCACUAGUGUGCUUUGUGGGCACUCUACAAGCAAUUGCAGUGACAUUUGUGAUGGAACAUAAAGCCUCUGUUUGGCAAAUUGGUUGGGACAUGAACCUGCUUGCUGCUGCCUAUGCUGGGAUUGUGACAUCAAGCAUAUCAUACUAUGUUCAAGGAAUGGUGAUAAAGAAAAGAGGCCCAGUAUUUGCCACUGCUUUCAGCCCCUUGAUGAUGAUCAUAGUUGCAAUCAUGGGGUCUUUCAUCCUGGCUGAGAAGAUUUUUCUUGGAGGGGUGAUAGGUGCCAUAUUGAUAGUAAUAGGACUUUAUUCAGUCCUAUGGGGAAAGCACAAAGAAAACAAGGAGGCAGAAGAGGAGAUUCCAGAGCCAGUUAAAAGUAUCCAACCAAAUGGCAGCACCAUCUUAGUAAUCGGAGAUAUUGAAGCCAAUCAAGAUGCUAAAGAAAAGCUCUCAAUAGUGGCCAUCACUAUGCCAAAGCAAAUGCCAGAAUCCCCCAUCCAAAAAUAAUUCAAGUUUAAUCCUCACUUUGGGAGAAUAAAAGGGAUGGGUUUUUUGUCUUUACAUCCCCCAUUUUGUUUCUAUAAUUUAAUAAAAAAAGUCAGAUACAUAUGUCACAUAUGUACCCCUGUCCCCCAACCCUAUAGUAUAAUUCUAAGCUAUGAAGGAUCUUGUAUGAGAUGAAAAUACGAGAGAGAGUAAAUUUUAAGAAAA